CUCUCACCCCCCCUUCAGGAGCGGUUGUGCGAUCAGAUCGAUCUAAGAUGGCGACUGUGGAACCGGAAACCACUCCUACUCCUAACCCCCCACCUACAGAAGAGGAGAAAACAGAAUCUAAUCAGGAGGUUGCUAACCCAGAACACUAUAUUAAACAUCCUCUACAAAACAGAUGGGCGCUGUGGUUUUUUAAAAAUGAUAAAAGCAAAACUUGGCAAGCAAACCUUCGACUGAUCUCCAAGUUUGAUACUGUUGAAGACUUUUGGGCUCUAUACAACCAUAUCCAGUUGUCUAGUAAUUUAAUGCCUGGAUGUGACUACUCACUUUUUAAGGAUGGUAUUGAGCCUAUGUGGGAAGAUGAGAAAAAUAAACGGGGAGGACGAUGGCUAAUUACAUUGAACAAACAGCAGAGACGAAGUGACCUGGAUCGCUUUUGGCUAGAGACACUGCUGUGCCUUAUUGGAGAAUCUUUCGACGACUACAGUGAUGAUGUAUGUGGAGCUGUUGUUAACGUUAGAGCUAAAGGCGAUAAGAUAGCAAUAUGGACUACUGAAUGUGAAAACAGAGAGGCUGUUACACACAUAGGGAGGGUAUACAAGGAAAGGUUAGGACUUCCUCCAAAGAUAGUGAUUGGUUAUCAGUCCCAUGCAGACACAGCUACUAAGAGCGGCUCCACCACUAAAAAUAGGUUUGUUGUUUAAGAAGACACCUUCUGAGUGUUCUCAUAGGAGACUGCGUCAAGCAAUCGAGAUUGGGAGCUGAACCAAAGCCUCAUCAAAGCAGAGUGGACUGCAUUUAAAUUUGAUUCCAUCUAAAUGUUACUAAGAUAUAAGAGAAGUCUCAUUCGCCUUUGUCUUGUACUUCUGUGUUCAUUUUUUUUUUUUUUUAACUUUUGCUAGAGUGUCCACUAUACAAAUCAAAGAAUUACAGUACAUGUCAUCCCCAGAAUCUAUAAAUGUGUUCCUGGCUCACUCUGUAAAAGCCUAGUAGAAUUACCAUUACAAACACAUUUGCCCAUCCACAAUAUUCGAAAAGAACUUGAGUUUCUAUACCUUAAUAGGAAAAAAAAAUCUGUUCCAUUUUAUGCAGGAGCAUAUUUUGCUGGUUUGAAAGAAUAUGAUGCAUACAGUUUUCUAGCAAUUUUCUUUGUUUCUUUUUACAGCAGUAUCUUUGCUGUACUCUUGCUGAUGGCUGCUAGAUUUUAAUUUAUUUGUUUCCCUACUUGAUAACAUUAGUGAUUCUGAUUUCAGUUUUUCAUUUGUUUUGCUUUUGUUUUUUCCUCAUGUAACAUUGGUGAAGGAUCCAGGAAUAUGACACAAAGGUGGAAUAAACAUUAAUUUUGUGCAUUCUUUGGUAACUUUUUUGUUUUUUGUAACUACAAAGCUUUGCUUCAAGUUUAUGCAUUUUAUUCAAAUCAGUGAUCUAUGUUUAUGUGAUUUCCUAAACAUAAUUGUGGAUUAUAAAAAAUGUAACAUCAUAAUUACAUUCCUAACUAGAAUUAGUAUGUCUGUUUUUGUACCUUUAUGCUGUAUUUUAACACUUUGUAUUACUUAGGUUAUUUUGCUUUGGUUAAAAAUGGCUCAAGUAGAGAAGCGGUCCCAUUCUUAUUAAGACAGUGUACAAAACUGUAAAUAAAAUGUGUACAGUCAAUUGUCUUUUAGACAAGUAGAUUUGUCCUUUUAUUUCUACAUCUCUAUAGAAGGAAUUUGUACUUGUUAUUGCAAGGCAGUCUCUAUUGUGUCUUCUCUUGUGUCUUCCAUAUGAACAGCAUAAGUUUGGAGCACUAGUUUAUUAUGUUUAUUACAAUUUUAAUAAAUUGCAUAGGUAGUAUCAUAUAUAUGGAAUUAAACUGAUGUGGCUAUCUUUUUUUUAAAUCAAGUUAAGGCACAUCCUCCCAUCCUACGUAAAUAAUGUACUUUCAGUAUGUUAAAAUUCAUGAGAAUUGGGAUUUUGGUGCAUCACCAUUUGAUAGGAACCGUGGUUGUCCAACUUGGUUGCUAAAUUAAGAUGUUCUUACAUUACAUAAGGGUCAGAAUGCUAGCAUAGAAAAUAAAGUACAGGUGGUGGGGGCAUAUGCAUUGAGAAUUUUAUUAGUGUUGCUAUCUAAAUAGAAUGUAAUAAAGGAGUAUUAACACAUAUUUAUAUUGGUCAAUUGUUGUAGUAUGGUUUUCUGUACACUUGAAAACUUGAUCUACUCUUUGUUGGUAUCAUUUGAAGGCAACUUGAAAAUAUUUUGUUGAUAAUACAUACUUGUAUAUAUAGUUCAGAUGUUGUGAAAUGAAAUACGGCUAUUGUAGAUUAAGGGUAAGCCUAAUUGUAGGUAGCAGAAUGGAUAUCUAAGACAUGAGGAAAAUUUGUCUUUUAAGUGUUGAUGAUGAAUUUAUUGUUUUCAAAUUGAUAAACUUGACAAAGAUCCUUAUAAAAUAAACAUGAAAUGAAUAGCA